AUGGUUGAACUUACUGAAUUUCAAAAGAAGCGUCAGGAAAACAUUAAAAGGAACAAUGACUUGAUGAAGAAGUUGCAACUGGGUGGUGUUGCAUCUCAAAUUAAGAGGGAAUCGGGUAUUGAUGACGAAAAGGCAUUGAAUGCUAAGAAGAAAAGAAAAGCACCAAGUGUCGCGAAAAGAGCAGCAUCACCAAAAGUAUCUGCCAUGCCUACAAGAAGAUCACGUAGGUUAAGAGGUGAAAAUGUGAAUGGUGAAGGUAUCCCUAAUGUCAAUGAUACUCAAUUGUUGAAAAUGGGUUUGGAUAACAGUUCUGAUAGUGCCUCUAUGGACAAAGAAUUGCUCGAUGAUAUUAAAGAUACAGCAGUAAUUGGAGAUGUUAAAUUAAGUGAUUUAAUCAAGGAUGAAAAUGAAGAUAAUUUAAUAGAAAAAUUUAAAUCAUUCUCUAAUAAAAACUUCUCUUCUGGGGAUUUUUUUGAAGAACUAAAAAAUCGUCAAACAUUAGAGAGAUCACCAGACUUAGAGCAGCAGCAGAAUGAUUUUGAUUUGAAACUAUACGAUGUAUUCCAACCAAAUGAAAUCAAGAUAGUAUAUGAACGUAUCGCAGCUACUUAUUUCCACCCAGCUAUAGACCAAAAGUUGAUUGUUGCAGGUGAUACUUCGGGUACCGUAGGUUUGUGGAAAGUAAGAGAUGAACCUUUAUCAGAAUCAGGUGAGGACCAAAUGGUCGAGCCAGAUAUUACGAGAGUUAAACUAUUUACGAAGAAUGUAGGUAGGAUUGAUUGUUACGCUACAGAUUCUUCAAAAUUAUUAAUUGCUUCAUAUGAUGGUUCCUUAAGAUCAAUUCAUUUGAACGGUUUGGAAAGUCAAGAAAUUAUGACUUUAAAAAAUGAAUAUGAUGAACCAUUAGGGAUUAGUGACUUCCAAUUCAGUUACGAAGAUCCAAACGUGUUAUUUUUUACAACACUUUCAGGUGAAUUUGCUACCAUUGAUCUUCGGGUGAAAGGUAUUCAAGAAUCAGUAACUUCUAACUUACGUAGACUGGCAGAUAAAAAAAUUGGUUCAUUUUCAAUAAAUCCAGCAAGGCCUUACGAAAUUGCCACUGGCUCUUUAGAUCGAACUUUAAAAAUUUGGGACAUUAGAAAGCUGGUAGAUAAGCCAGAAUGGUCUCAAUAUGAAGAUUUCCCAAGUCAUGAAGUUGUUAGCACAUAUGAUUCAAGAUUAAGUGUUUCGGGUGUGUCAUACUCCCCAACGGAUGGAACAUUAGUAUGUAACGGCUACGAUGAUACAAUUAGAUUAUUUGACACUAGUUCAUCUUCAUUACCAACUGACUUGCAGCCAAAGCUCACGCUAAAGCACAAUUGUCAAACAGGAAGAUGGACGAGUAUACUGAAAGCAAGAUUUAAAAGUGAUCAAAAUGUGUUUGCCAUUGCUAACAUGAAGCGUGCGAUUGAUAUUUACAAUAGUAGCGGUCAACAACUUGCUCAUUUACCAACGGCUACAGUUCCGGCAGUAUUAAGUUGGCAUCCACUACAAAAUUGGAUUGCAGGAGGAAAUUCAAGCGGUAAAAUUUUCUUAUUCACUGAUUCUAAUAUUAAAGAAGAAGAUAAAAGCUAA